AUGAGAGUAUACUUGUUGAUCCUGCUGGUAUCAGUUUUAAAAGAAUCCUCUGGUAAAGUCCACUUGCCGGCGGUGGAUUUGGACUUGAUCGGAGAUGAUGUUCUGUGGAUUUACUCCCCUGAUGUCCAGCACUGUCAGCUCGCCUGCACACAGCACCAUUUCUGCUCAUUUUUCACAUUUUUCCGGUCUGAUUGGAGCAAAGACAACAGGACAUUUUCCUGCUACCUGAAGCACACAACCAGUGGAUUUCCCUCAGGGUUUGCAAUGCUGAAAGGUGUGACCUCAGGCUUCAAACUCAUGCCUCAUGACUAUGAAACAAGUGCCUGUCUGUCAUCUACAUAUCAAGAUGUGGAUUUCCCAGGGUCAGACUAUCUCCAGGUGACCUUAAAUACUCCCGAAGACUGCCAGAAGCAAUGCACCAGUGAUUCAGACUGCCAGUUUUUUUCAUACAAUACAGAGACCUUUCCAGAUGCAGAAACAAGGAAAAAAUGCUUUCUAAAAUUUCGCUGGACUGUUCCAAUACCGUCCGUGCUCAAAAAAACACCUGGUCUAGUGUCAGGGUUUUCAGAAUCAUUAUAUAAGACUAUAGAAGACUGUAAGGAGGAGAUUUUUGCCAACACACAUUACCGAGGAAAUGAUUUCGAGAACGUCUCUGCUGCCUCGCCUGAACACUGUCAGUUCCUGUGUAGCGCACAUCCCAGCUGCACCCAUUUCACAUACACAACUUCCAAAUAUUCCACUGAGCCUGAGAUCAAAAUGCAUUGCUUCAUGAAGCAUACACAGAACGUAAGCCAGCUUUUGCCUGUCAGAGAAGAAGAACUUUUUUCUGGAUUCCCCACACGAAAUUGCAAGCCUUCAAAUGUUUGGGCAACAACACGCUAUGAAGGCCUCCACUUCUUUGGCCAUGAUUACCAUGAUUUUGAAGCUGACUCAUUGGAGAACUGUCAAGAAAUGUGCACAAAAGACCCAGACUGCCAUUUUUACACUUAUGUCCUUCCAUUUUACCGUGAUAAGAACAUCAGAAAAAAGUGCUUUCUAAAAUUCCGCUGGAAUGUUCCAAUACCAUCAUCGCUCAUACAAACAUCUGGUGUAGUAUCAGGAUUUUCAGAUUAUGUGCAAAAAACUACUGGAUUUAAAGAGAAAUGUAAGAAGGAGAUUUUUGCCAACAGACAUUACCGAGGAAAUGAUUUCGAGAACGUCCCUGCUGCUUCACCUCAACACUGUCAGUUCCUGUGUAGCACACAUCCCCGCUGCACCCAUUUCACAUUCACAACUUCCAAAUAUUCCACUGACCCUGAGAUUAAUAUGCAUUGCUUCUUAAAGCAUACACAGAACGUAAGUGAGCUCGUGUCUGUUGGAGAAGAAGAACUUUUUUCUGGAUUCCCCUCACAAAUUUGCAAGCCUUCAAAUGCAAUAAAUUACAAUGAAGGCCAUGUUUACCGUGAUUUUAAAACAGACACGCCUAAGAUCUGUCAAGAAAUGUGCACAAAAGACCCUGACUGCCAUUUUUACACUUAUAUCCUACCUUCUUACCAUGAUGAGAGUUUAAGGAAAAAAUGCUUUCUAAAGUUCUACUGGACUGUUUCAACACCAUCAGUGGUUUUAAAAACACCUGGUGUAGUAUCAGGGUUUUCAAAUUCACAGUAUAAGACUAAAGAGGAAUGUGAGAUCUUUGCCAAAACACAUUACAGAGGAAAUGAUUUUGAGAACGUCCCUGCUGCUUCUCCGCAACACUGUCAGUUCCUGUGUAUCACACAUCCACGCUGCACACAUUUCACAUACGCAACUUUCAAAUAUUCCACUGACCCCAAGAUCAAAAUGCAUUGCUUCCUGAAGCAUACACAGAACAUAAACCAGCUUGAGCCUGUUAGAGAAGAAGAACUUUUCUCUGGAUUCCCCACACGAAAUUGCAAGCCUUCAAAUGUUUGGGCAACAACACGCUAUGAAGGCCUACAGUUCUUUGGCCAUGAUUACCAUGAUUUUGAAGCUGACUCAUUUGAGAACUGUCAGGAAAUGUGCACAAAAGACCCAGACUGCCAUUUUUACACUUAUGUCCCUCCAUUUUACCAUGAAAAGGACAUCAGGAAAAAAUGCUUUCUAAAAUUCAGCUGGAAUGUUCCAAUACCAUCAUCGCUCAUACAAACACUUGGUGUAGUAUCAGGAUUUUCAGAUUCAGUGCAAAAGACUACUGGAUUUAAAGAGAAAUGUAAGGAAGAGAUUUUUGCAAAGACACAUUACCCAGGAAAUGAUUUUGAGAACGUCCCUGCUGCUUCUCCUCAACACUGUCAGUUCCUGUGUAGCACACAUCCCCGCUGCACCCAUUUCACAUACACAACUUCCAAAUAUUCCACUGACCCUGAGAUCAAUAUGCAUUGUUACAUGAAAAAUACCAAGAACAUAAGUGAGCUUGUCCCUGUUAGAAGAGAAGAACUUUUUUCUGGAUUCUCCACACAAAAUUGCGAGCCUUCAAAUGGUUGGGCAACAACUCGCUAUGAAAGCCUCCACUUUCUCGGCCAUGAUUACCGUGAUUUUAAAACAGAGACGUCUGAGAUCUGUCGAGAAAUGUGCACAAAAGACCCAGACUGCCAUUUUUACACUUAUUUCCUUCCUUCUUACCACAUUGAGAGCACAAGGAAAAAAUGCUUUUUAAAAUUCCACUGGACUGUUCCAAUACCAUUAGUGCUCAAAAAAAUACCUGGUAUAGUAUCAGCAUUUUCAAAAUCACUGCACAAGCCUAAAGAUGAAUGUAAAGAGGAUUUUUUUGCCAACAAACAUUACAGAGGAAAUGAUUUUGAGAACGUCCCUGCUGCUUCUCCGCAACACUGUCAGUUCCUGUGUAGCACACAUCCCCGCUGCACCCAUUUCACAUACACAACUUCCAAAUAUUCCACUGACCCUGAGAUCAAUAUGCAUUGCUUCCUAAAGCAUACACAGAAUGUAAGCGAGCUCGUGCCUGUUGGAGAAGAAGAACUUUUUUCUGGAUUUCCCACAAGGAAUUGCAAGCCUUCAUAUGGUUGGGCAAGAACACGCUAUGAAGGCCUUCAUUUCUUGGGCCAUGAUUACUGUGAUUUUAAAACUGACACGUCUGAGAUCUGUCGGGAAAUGUGUAUGAAAGACCCAGAUUGCCUUUUUUACACUUAUGUCCUACCUUUUUACCAUGAUGAGAGUAUAAGGCAUGGAUGUUACCUAAAGAAAAUCAUGACUCUACCAAGACCUGAAAAGGUGGUGUAUAGUCAUGGUGUGGUAUCCGGCUUCUCCCUGAGGAACUGUUUAAACUAGUGAGGUGUAAUCUACAGGACACAAAGGAAGAUAAUUCCUGUUGUGUCCAAUGAGAGAACUGAGAACCAAGAAAAGCUGUCUGUGAAAUAAUAGCACUGUAUGAAUAUAAAAUCCUAUAAUCAAAUAAAGGCUGUUGAAUCUAAUGCCA